AUGGACGCAAGUGAUUUAUGGGAUCAUGUGGAGGCAGACUCGGGAGAAUGGGAGCUGUGUCUUGACUGUUUGUGCGGGCAAUCUGGCUCGGGGUGGUGGCGGCUGGCCCUCAACAGCCGCAAGAUCGCCAUGAUUCUGGUGUUUUGGAACUGCCGUGUUCUAGGGUCGGACACGGCAGUUAGGGUCCUCCAUGGGCUUAUUAGAAACAAACGGCCCUCUAUGAUCUUUUUAUCUGAAACUAAAAUGAAAGAUCAUAGAUUAAAUGGUGUUAGGAGACGUAUGGUAUUUCAUUAUGGUAUUAAUGUUUCUCCGGUUGGCAGGGCAGGUGGGCUAAGUUUGUGGUGGGAUGAUUCAGUGGAGGUGCAAUCUCUGUUUUCUUCUAAGCAUAUUAUUGAUGUUAUCUUGCGCAAGGGUGGUGACAAUAAUUGGGUACAAAUUACUGGAGUUUAUGGAACUUCUUACAGGGAGGAUAAGGCUGAUUUUUGGGAGUGGAUGUCGAGUCAUUUUUCACCUUCUGAUAUUCCUUGGCUAUGUGCUCGGGAUUUUAAUGAAUUUCUUUGGGAUCAUGAGAAGUCUGGGGAGUGGAGACGACGCAACCAAAUUAUCAAAAUUAAGGAUGAUGAGAACUGGGUGGAGCAACCGGGUCGUGUUCGGAAGUUGGUGGAGGAUCAUUUUAUUCAAACGUUUACUUCUGGAGAAGCCCGGAAUUGGGGAUCUUUGUUGGAUUGUAUUAGCCCGAGAGUGUCGGAGGAGAUGAAUCAGGCGCUCCUUAAGCCGGUGUCCGAGGAUGAAAUCAAGACAGCGAUCUUUAAAAUGGGUGGUCUUAAAGCUCAGGGACCGGAUGGCUUUCAAGGCAUAUUCUAUCAAUCCUAUUGGGAGCAUGUCUAUGCGGAUGUUUGUGCUUUGGUGAGGGAGCUGAUGCAGGGGUCGUCUAGCCCGACUUCUCUUAAUGCUACGUAUAUUGUUCUGAUCCCAAAGGUUCCGCAUCCGGAGACGGUUUCACAGUUUCGGCCUAUUAGCCUGUGUAAUUAUUCUUACAAGGUGUUGUCUAAGGUCUUGGCAAACCGGUUAAAGGUGAUUCUUCCUAUGCUUAUAUCUCCCUCCCAAAAUGCUUUUGUGGCGGGUCGUCAAAUUCAAGAUAAUAUCGGGAUUGCUCAUGAAAUGUUCCAUUUUUUGAAAGGGAGAACUGCGAAACGGAAGUUUGAAAUGGGAGUCAAAUUGGAUAUGCAGAAAGCCUAUGAUAGAGUUGAAUGGGAUUUCCUUGAUGCGGUUAUGGAGAGAAUGGGGUUCUGUUGUUUGUGGAGAAGGCUUGUCAUGGGAUGUGUUUCUUCUGUUAAUUUCGCUGUCCUUCUCAAUGGACAGCCAGGCAACAAGUUUGCUCCUUCCAGGGGUCUCAGGCAGGGUGAUCCUUUAUCUCCUUAUCUGUUUAUCAUUCUGGGGGAGGUUCUUUCGUGCAUGAUUCAAGCUGCGAUUGACGACAAACAGCUGGAGAGAGUUAGGAUUGGUGUCUCGGGGCCCAUUAUAUCGCAUUUGUUCUUUGCGGACGACACUCUUCUUUUUUUGCGUGCGGGGGAUAAUUAUUGUAGAAAUUUGCUCUCUAUUAUUGAUAGGUAUUGUGCAGCUUCGGGACAUAAAGUGAAUCUCCAGAAGUCCAGUAUUUAUUUUGGUGCGAAUGUUCCGAAAGGGGUGGCUGCCAAUUUGGGUGGCAUUCUUGGUGUGUCUGUAGUGGAUAAUCCUGGCACUUAUUUGGGUGUCCCUGCCAUCUGGGGUCGUUCUAAAAAGCGUGGCCUUGCUUAUGUGAAGGGCAGAAUUUUGGGAAAGCUCCAAGGGUGGAAGCAGAGUGCGUUGUCGAGGGCGGGCAGAGAAGUUCUAAUUAAGGCUGUAGUCCAGGCCAUUCCUGCUUAUCCUAUGUGCAUUUUUAAAUUUCCUACUGUGGUCUGUCAGGAGUUGGAUGCCCUGGUUGCGAGAUUUUGGUGGGGAAGCCAUGGGCAGGACCGAAAGAUCCACUGGGUGUCUAAGCAGGUUCUGGGCCUUCCUAAGGAUAUGGGUGGCCUGGGUUUUAGAAAUUUUCAGGAGUUUAAUGUUGCGUUACUUGCUAAGCAAUGCUGGCGGUUACUAACGGAGCCGAAUUCAUUGUGGGCUCGGGUUAUUAAGGCCCGGUACUUCCUGCAUUGCUCUUUUUGGGAGGCUAAAAAAGGGGCUUGGGCUUCAUGGGCUUGGUCCAGUCUUCUCUCGGGCAGGGAGCUUCUUGCUAGCGGAUCUCAUUGGCAAAUUAUGGGUGGGGAAGAUGUGAGGGUUUGGGUGGAUAGGUGGCUGCCCUCUCUCCCUUCGGGGCACCCCAUGCCGCUUAGUACUGUUUCUGUUUCGUCGAACUUACGGGUUAGCUCCCUCAUUGACUCCUCUUCCCGGCAAUGGGAUUUUGAUUUUCUAAGACUGUUUCUUUCUUUAGCGGAUCAACGGGCUAUCCAGGAAACGAUUAUUGGCGACUCGAGGUGGAAGGACAGGCUUAUUUGGGCAGUUAACCGGAAUGGAAAAUACUCUGUGAAAUCGGGGUACAGGUGGCUUCAAGUUCGCUAUAUUGAUGUGAGGGAUCAUCGGAUGCCGGUUGUUCGUUCGAUUUCUAAAACUCUGUGGAAAUGCAUAUGGCAGCUGGCUGUGCCUCAAAAAAUUCGGCAUUUCUUAUGGGUUUCGUUGCAUCUUGGCCUGCCUACUGGUAAGGCUCUUUGUACAAGAAGGUUAUCCCCAUUUCCCUCUUGUCCUCUUUGUCAGAGUGCUGAUGAAACUGUGGAGCAUGUCUUCCUUCGCUGUUCUUGGGUGGCGGCUGUCUGGUUUGGUGGAGCGUUGAAUUACAAAGUUGACGCUGCCGGUAUUGAUUCGUGGGCUCGGUGGUUGCAGACUGUGUUUUCUUCUAACUGGGGCUCUUCGACUAACAGGCAGUGGUUCCAAGCUUAUGUUUCGUUUUCUUGUUGGUUCAUAUGGAAAGCUCGUUGUGAUUUUGUGUUUAACCAGGUUCCUAUCAAUCCUUCUAAGGUUAUUUUUUCGUUGUCGACCGCCUUCGGGAAUUUUUUGCUUGCUGUGUCUUCUUUGGGUAUUGCUCGGCCUGUCUCGGUUUCUCAGGAGGAGGUUGUUGUCAGGUGGUGUCCUCCUGCUUCUCCUUUUGUUAAGAUCAAUGUGGAUGCUAGUUGGUCUAAAUCAUCUUGGAUGGGAUUUGCGGGGGUGGUUGCUAGGCAGGACGGUGGGCGUUUCCGGGCAGCGGUAAGGUCUUCUGUUUUGGCUCCUUCUUCUCUUGUGGCUGAGUCUUUUGCGAUUUUGCGUGGUUGUGAAUUGGGAGCCUCGAUGGGUUUCAGCUCUGUUAUCAUUGAAUCUGACUCUCUUCAGGCUAUUUCCUAUUUAAAUGGUUCUCUUGAAAAUGGCAGUUGGGAGGCUUUCCCCAUUUUGGCUAGAGCGCAAAGGUUGGGAUCAGCUUUUCAGAAUUGUCGCUGGUCUUGGGUUCCAGAUCAGCCAAUUUGGCAGCGGAUGUUCUUGCGUCGGCUGGUCUUACGGAGAUGUGUGAUUUUGUUUGGGUUGACAGACCCCCAUCUUCCAGCUCAGGCGUUUUCAGAAGUUCAAAAGAUGGAGUCUUUAACGAGAAAAAGGGAGAAUUUGCAGAAGAAAAGAACUGGGUCCGUCAAGUCUUCAGCUGACAAUGGCGGUGGAGGAAGCGAGUCGCUCACCGAUUCGAGCGGCGGUGACUCGAGAGAGACUAGCAGUACGAGCCGAUCGAGCUCCGAGACUUCCGGUGAGGAACUGAAGAGAAAAGAGCGGUCUUCGCCGCCGCUGAGGAACUGA